CUGAUGAGCAUCUCGUAAUUGUUCCUGGGUUGUUAAUUAACACCUGGCAGUGUAUUUCCAUCUAGCCGCUGUCUGGUUUGCCUCUCUAGGAUGAUACAGGGGAAGGAAGGAAUACCAGAGACAUCAAAAAUUCUAACUGCCCUCUUGACAAGAUAAAUAGUUGCAAAUCUCUACAUAUCAUAGGAUAUUAGUUCGUUUUUCCUUUUAAAACAUCUUGAAAAAAGGCUAAACACAAGCAGAUCGUGAAAUAUCUAGAUCAUAGAGUUAAAUGUCAUAGAAACAUCACAUAUCAUUUCAUUGGUAUAUGUUUGUUGUUACACUUUUUGUAGGAAAGAAAUGUUGGCCUUUAAUGUUUUCCAGACACUGGGUCAUAUCUCCUGAAUUCUGCCUAAACCAGAGCAGCAUAAAAAUGAAUAUGCUCACAUCCCUGAAGUUGUAUGUGCACAGGAUGUGUCUGUAGCUCUUCAAGUGGGAAAUAGGUGCUUCGGUGCACUGAUGUACGUAUUUGCAGUCGGCAGUUCUGAAAAUCUGACGGUUUAUAAGAAAAGAAGUACUUACCUCAACGGUGCCAUCCUCCUUCCAGAAGGGUGAUUCUCUGCAUUUGAGCACUUCUCCUGUCCUCCCAGAGCUCCUAGCCAGCAAGAUCUGCUUUGAGAUGGAAGAAUAGCACCCUCAAGAGUUCACAGCCACACUGCUUCAAGGAUCCAUGCUCUGCAACACACAUCCUUCCUCUUCCAGUUAACUCCCUGGCACAUGUAACUGAAGCAACGAGAACAAAAGUUUUCUCUUGACAUUAGAUUUGAAAUAUUUGGUAAAAGUCACUGUUGAUAUGAAUGCGGAAAAAAAGCAUUUGUGCUUGUAUGAGGAAUGAUCAGCUAAACAUUACAUUCACCUUCAAAGAAGGACAGUAAAAAGACAAAGACUCGUCUUAUUUGUCCAAGUCUGGGAACCUCAUUUAAUACCAUAUUAAAACAAUUUGAACAUGAAUUUAUGUUUUUGUGUAAAAAGAGAUUAUUUAUAAGUUCUUAACUUAGAUAAAAGGGUUCUAUGUAAAAAAAAAUACUGAGCAAACCAGUCUUUAAAUUGUGGGGACUUGUUCGUUAAUUACAGUAAUUAGGAAUGGAAUCUGAUCCUAAACUUUCUGAUUUACUUUGAAUUUCUUUUAAUAUGUGGUUAGGCCUUAAUUUCGGAAUGAUUAUAAAAUGCGAGAGUGUUUUAAGACUUCAGAGGCGUAGGUAUUGUUAUUAAACGACAAAGUUACACGCUUGGGCUGUUUGAUGCAGCACUGACCUUUUAUUUUCAACGUGUAUGGCCUAUUCCUGAUUUUGCCAGCUUCAGAGUUAGAUAAAGCUCUUUGAAAGCUCCGAGUGUAAACUGCUCACCAGCAACUGUUUCAGAUUAUAUUUCUCCCAGCAAGGAAAAAGUCCAGCACUGGCUUUGUCCCUUUUCUGGGAAUGGGUUCCCUUGAGUAGAACAAGCAGAAUUUGGACAGUGAGAUGCAGUCAGGGACAUUUCACUCUGAAACAUCUGAAGCAUCCAAAACUUGCUUUUGUCACAGACUUGAGGCAUUCCCUCUGCAUCACGACUUUGUUGGGAGUUCUUACCAGUGUUUUGGUUGUCUAGACAGUGCUACACCGCCCUGUGGAGCACGGAAACACCCCUUUGAGGCACCACUGCUACGUUGAAGCCAACAUGUAUAAUUUUAGAAAACAUUGUAUAGAAAAUAAUUGAGGAUUGAUAUUUUUUUCUGCUGAUAGUGAAAGGUAAAAACUAUGUUCUGUAGCCUGUAAAUUAGUCUCCCUGUUGUAAUUGCAGAAUCCAUUCUCCCAAGAGGAUACUAGAGUGCGAAAGCCAACUCUCUGCUGUCCUUGCUUUUGCUCAUGAAACAGAGGUUCACAUGUGCACUGUGUGACACAAAAACAUGGGUUCCUGGUACACUGUACUGUUCCCUAAGACCUUCAAUUAUUUUUAAUUGCAAGGAAUCUGUAAAAUCCUUUCUGAGCAAGGAAUUUACUGUCACAAGUUUUUAGUUUACUAGAACAUCCAGGGCUAAAAAUUAUAGCGAUAUUUUUUUCUCCAGCCAUCACUGUUCGGAUCAUUCUCUCUGCAGAUUUUCUUGUAGCAAUUUUCAGGCCAGCACCUGCUCCAAUGGCCUCGACUCAUCCUCUCUCUAUGCCAGUUUCAAAGGGGCCUUCUGGACCAGCAGAGCUAAAUACUGGUUGGGGCUUCCUAAAAUGCACCUUGGGAGGUGUGGAGGGGAGGACAGAUACAUCUGCUCUGCAGACUGCGAGGGAUCGCAGGAGGAGGAAAUUAUGUGCAUCCUCACCGCCCCGAGCUGAAGGGAGCUCCUAGGAAGGCCGUGGCUUCGCACAGGAGCUGCUGCAGGAACAUACCCUGCUGCCCCGGGAGAGGAGCCGCGGCGGCUGAGACAGGCGGCUCCUCUCUCCGGUCCCGCCGUGCGGGAACAUCGAUUGCUUUCUCCGAAGCCGACGGAAAACGGAGGCUGGGAAGGGAAGCAGGGUCUGCGGGGAGGCUGCGCCGCGGGGCCGGGCACCCGCCCGGGUUACCUGGGUGCUGCCGGGUUAUCUCGGGUAAACGUCCGGAGUCGGCCCGCGUCCGACACUGGUCAACAUUGCUGUGUGUUCAUUUGGGGAAAUCUAUAAUUAAAUUUACCUGUUUGAUUCGUGCGGGAGUGAAGGGGGAGACCCGCGCGCUUAUCCCACCCUUCCUGCGUACGGCGAAAGCCGCCGGCGCCGGGAGUGCCCCGCACCGGGCUGCCGCCGCGGGGCUCGGGCAGACGGCCGGGGUCGGGCUGUCCCGUCCCAGGAGGGCAGCUCCGCCGGGCUUGACAGACCGACAAUAAGCGCAGAAGAGGGCAGGGCGGUCCCCGGCCGAUCACUACCGAGCAGAGCGGAGCCGGGGAUCUGCCGCUGCCCCCCGAGGUCUCCGCCCCUGCCCGCCGGGCGCCGUCCGCGGACGGGUCCUAGCGCCGCUCGGGGCCGGGCUCCGCGGGUGAAGCAGCGCCUUGGGUCCCGCAGGCAAACACGGCAGGGCAAAUAUUCCCGACUGGCCAAAUAAGUGCAAGAACGCGCGGGUGAUGUUGAACUUUGAGACUUUCUCUGCAGCGCGGCCGGCGAGUCGCUGAGUCGGAGCGCUCGGCGCAGGGAUGAGAGCAGGCGGUGGAAAUGUACCAGCUGCCUUUGGCCGCCCUGCCACGCUGAGCGGCCCCGGGAAGGGAGGGCACGAAGUCCCCGCUCUGUUUCCUCGGGCCUCUUACCAGCGCGGAGCGUCCUCGGCGGCCGAAGCCCAGCGCCCUGUGCCCGCUGAGUUCGGGGCGUCGGCGGGGAGCCGGGGCGUGCGGGCCACUCUCCCCACGGCGGCUCCCACGGGAGGGCGGGCGGUUCUGCCCUGCCAGGGCGCUAAGACCCGGCUGCGCGGUGGUCAAAGGUUCCCAGCAGGACACUAGAGGGCGAUCCCAGGCCCUUCUGCGGGGGUGUGUAUAUAUACGGCACGCAGGACCGAGGCAGCCCACUAGCAACAGGGCAGGCAGGCAGCGAGCGGAGCUCGGGCGGACUGGGGCGAGCCGUUCCGUGCCGCACCGUGCCGCGGUGCCGUUCGCUGCCGCGGGCCGGGGUUCCGCGGGCUUGAUAGAGUCGCCGCCGCUGCCCCGUCCGAAACCUGGAUUGCAGGAGCCCUUCACCAUGCCCGGCACACUGUAGGUGCUUCAUGGAGCAAGCCAACUUCUACGAGGUCGAUUCCCGGCCCCCGAUGAGCAGCGGCCAGCACCACCAGCUCCAGACUCCCCUGCCCGGCAGCGCCUACAGCUACAGAGAGGCUCCCUCGGCGGCGGCACCUGCUACUGGCGGCGCGGAGCUCGGCGACAUCUGCGAGAACGAGAACUCCAUCGACAUCAGCGCCUACAUCGACCCCGCCGCCUUCAACGACGAGUUCCUGGCCGACCUCUUCCAGCACAGCAAGCAGCAAGAGAAAGCCAAGGCCAUCCUGGCCGGGGAUUUCGACUUCCACAGCAUGCAUGGGGCCGGCGCCGCCGCUUCGGCGCCGGGGCACCAGCAGCAGCACCACCAGCAGCCGCUCUUCGGCUGCGCGGCCGGCUACAUGGACGGCAAGCUCGACCCCCUGUACGAGCGCAUCGCCGCGCCCGGCUUGCGGCCGCUGGUGAUUAAGCAGGAGCCCCGCGAGGAGGAGGAGGUCAAGUCGGCGGCCCUGUCGGCCCUCUACCCCCACCAUGCUCUGCAGCAGCACCCGUCCCACCUGCAGUACCAGAUCGCCCACUGCGCCCAGACCACCAUGCACCUUCAGCCCGGGCACCCCACGCCGCCCCCCACGCCCGUGCCCAGCCCGCACCACCCGCACCAUCCGCACCCUCCCGGCGGCCUGCCCGCCGCCGGCGCCCUCAAAAUGAUGUCCGCGGACCACCGGAGCAAAUCGAAAAAGACAGUGGACAAGAACAGCAACGAGUACCGUGUGCGCCGGGAGCGCAACAACAUCGCGGUGCGCAAGAGCCGCGACAAGGCCAAGCAGCGCAACGUGGAGACGCAGCAGAAGGUGCUGGAGCUCACCACCGACAACGAGCGGCUGCGCAAGCGGGUGGAGCAGCUCACCCGGGAGCUGGAAACUCUGCGGGGCAUCUUCAGGCAGCUGCCCGAGAGCUCGCUGGUGAAGGCCAUGGGCAGCUGCGCUUAGCGCCGCGCCGGGACUGGCGGGGCCGCCGCGCCCGCGGCUGCGCUUGCCCUCGCUCACUUCCAGAUACUAUACAUACCGGAGAGCAGCGAUCUCAGAUUGUUUCGGGGGAGGGAGGGAGUUGGACUUUUGUUUUGCUUUUGUUUUGUUUUGUUUGUUUUUAACAACGACCAAUACGAGAAGCCAGGCAGCUGUAGUAUUAAAAGAUUUGUGCCUUAAGGAUGACACACAAAUAAGCUGAAAACAUGGUGGGUUUUAUAAGGAGAAAGGUGGGGGGAAGGAAGAAAUUUGAAAGCCCACGUGUCUACACAGGGUAAAUAACAAUAAUAAUAAUAGUAAUAAAGCACAGAUAGCAAUCCAGAUGUGCCUUAAAAGCUGGCUGCAAGAGCUCUGGGGCUUUCUGUUCUCCUCAGCCUGGCUGGUUGUGAGGAAAAAGGGUGAGAGAUGUGCAGGCUUGAGGGACGGAGCAUUCAGGAGUACUGGCCAGGCCCCCUCAGCAGACCUGCGGUGCAGCAGGCACAGGCAGCUGUGGGGAGGCCAGGGAGAAGCGGGCUGAGGCUGAGAGGCGCGCAGUGCCGGGCACCCAUUUGGAGCACUGAGGUGUGGGGCAGCUGCCGGACUGCUGCCAGGAGCCCUGUCUUGUUAGGGUGCAGGGCAGGGGCCGCCGCUGCUGCAGGACUGAUGGACAGCCUGGGACUGACAGAGCAGCAGCUUGUGAGGGAGCGUGGUGAGCUUCCUCCACCGAAAGGAAGAGCAGCAGUGUCUUGUACUGUAUGUCACGACGUGACGAAGCACAAAUGAAUAAAUACCUAUCGAUGCGGGUAUUUACUAUGAACUUUCAGUGUAUUUUGCUUUAUUCCAGGACAUUUAGCUCCUUUCAAAGUCUCUGUCUGUCCAAGCUGUGCCUCAUGUAAUGUGAAAGCCUUUCCGUGUAUACUAGCUACACUUUAUUUUUAUUGCAUUACUUUAAGUAACUAACUCUUUGCCAUCACAUGACUUUCUUAUCUGGUGACAGAGACUAUGCCCUUGUGCUGCAAUGUUAUUUUAUUAUUUGUAUGGGUGGGUGAGUGUGAGUCUGUGUUGCCUUCUUCACAUUGUUCUGGGCUGGCCGCUGCCUCCUGACCCCAAGGCAGGGGGGCCUAUGAUGGAAUGUGGGCCUCAGGGCUGCAGGACAUCUGUUGGGGGAUGAGGAGGCUCUUCUCCAGUGCUUCAGCACCUUUGGACUCUGGAGCUUCUCCCAGUGUGAAUGAAAAAUAAGCAAACAAACAGCCCCCCAUCCAGAGAGCGCUGGUAGCCAUGCAAAGCAUUUCUUCCUCAUGUCAUAGCCGCACAAGAAUUUGUCCAGUUGAAAUAGUCAUGAUGGGAGAGGAGAACAAGGUGGAGAGAUGAAGCCUUUGAAAGUGUGACAGCAGGAAUGCAGUGCUGGGCGUGUGUGUAUGUAUGUGCCACGUGUGUAUGUGGUGUGUAUGGGUAUGUAUACAUGUAUGUAUAUGCACACACAUUGGUGGUGUGUUGUUGUGUGUUGGGUUUUUUUUUUUUAAUUUGGGGGGGGAACUGCAUAUAAAGGUUGUCAAAAGUCCUGGUUAUGUUCAUAAAUAAACAGCAUAUAUUCUACCAUAA